AGGCACCUGUGCUGUGCCACUGUAGCGUGUCCAAACACUCCCUUGAUGGAGCUGAAGGAACAGAUCUGAGGCACCUCUGUUCAGGACGGGGGGAAGAGGAGGACAUUCAUGUUGACCUGCAGAGGAAACAAGAAGUUACAAAUUUUUGAUGACUGAUCUGUAAGUGUAAGUGUGAAUGUUGCUGUCUGUUUUUUAAGUUGUUGGGCUUGGUACCAUACAUACCAUAGAGGAAUAUUUCACCCAUGCACUGUGCAUUGGGCUUUGGGUGGGCCACCCUACCUCCUGUGCUCUUGCACUACCCAGACAGCUGCAGGGCAGCAUGUCGUGACAGACAUACUGGACUCAUUGUAAUUGGGAAAAAGCUGCUCAACGUACUUGACAAACGCUCAGUGCCUGACCCGUUCACCAGGAGUGUCAGCAGAGUCCCAAACAGUGGUCUCAGCAUCUCGUCAUGUGGUCAGUCCUCUGCCGGUGGCACUACCUCCGUGAGUCACCUCCCUUCCCGCUCCGGCAGCCCAGGCACUGGCCCCGGUCUCUCCACAGAGCACAGCUCCAUCUGCUCCUGGAGAUAUGAUGAGUUUGAGCGGGCGAAUACACAGCGUGUGCGUCAGCUCUUUAACUCUGUGGAUGAGCUGUUGUAUGAGGGGAGAGUCAGCAGCCGCUCUGAGUCCCUGCAGGAGGAGUGUGAGGAGUGGAACGGACAUACCCCCCAUCUCAGAAUUUUAGGGAAUCAAUUGGAGCCUCCCAAACAGGAGGGUGUUCAGUACAUCUGCAGACGAGAGUCCAGUGCCAGAACCGCCUCCUUCUCCACAUCCACCUGUCUGGACAAAAGAGAAGACCAUAGCGAGCUGUAUGUAGCAGGCCGCAGUCUGGCCCCGGGCCUUUGGUGUGAGCAGUCUGUCCGGAGCUCCAGCUCCCGUCUCUAUGAGCAUUCACUCGACCUCAAUGAGGAAGAGGAGGUGUAUGAAGCAGAGGGCAGCAUAGAGGAGUUUCUGGCUUAUGAUGGAAAAGAAAUGGAAGAGGAGGAGGUGGAUCGGAGGAAGUCUUCAUCCGUGGCCCCCAGGGGUGGAGUCCCCCCAGUUUCCCCUCAUGCAUGCAUCCGUGAUGCAGUUGCAGAUGAGCUGUUUGAUGACACAUGGAGGGAGGUGGUGGGCCUUCUGGAGGAGCUCUUACACAAGUACUGGGAGAAACAGCUCCCGGAUGGAGCAAUGCAGAGGAGGACAUUAGAGAGCUCCAGUCAAGCGCCUUCAUCUCAACUCCCAGUUAAAGGACAUCAUCUUCUGUUAUCCAGAGGUUCCAGCAGCAGAACCACAUUCCUGUCAACAUGCAGCAAUAAUGUACAGGUCUCAAGUGCCUACAAGAUUAAUUUAAACGGUGUUAUGACAAUCCAAGCAAAGCCACUGCAACAGAGACAUCAGGGAUUUACUGAGAGAGCCCUGUAUGACCCAGAUGAUGGAGCGAGCAUGUUGAUGUGUGUGAAGACUCAGGCUCUGAGAGGGUCCGGUAUACUCAUACAGAAACCCACAGCCCAGCGCAGACUCCCCAGACUCAGUGGCAGGGUUCGAAUGUUCCACAACCUCACAGGAAACGGAAGCCAAAUCUUACGAGGAACUAGACUAUCCACUGUGAAUGAAAGCCUGCCCUCUCCACCAGUAAGUGCCGUUCAGAGUCACAGGCUUCCUCAGAUACACUCUGAGUCUCAAGAGCAAGAAUACUAUGCACCUAUUUCCAGGCUUAUGCAGCUCAGAGGAAGGAUCCUAAGAGGCGGCGCUACCAGUGUCAUGCACGCAGUAAACAACCUCCCACCUUUGAGAGAACCCACCCUUAUGCUGGAGUCGCUGUCUCGGCCCAAUACUACUCACACAUUCAGAUCCGACACCCCUAUGAAAAGGUCCUUCACACCCAUGGAUUUUGCCUGUAACAUGAGGACAAGUCAAAGACUUGUCAAAGGUGAGAGCACAGCUAUGGGAGUGACAGGCUUCAGUAUGGGCAUCACCAGCUCUACAGCUAGUGGGUUCUUGGAGUGUAUCACACCCAGCAGGAGGCGACUACCCUGCGCUGAUGGAGACGGAGGGAACAUGCCCCUGCUCGGCUCUACAGGUGGCCAGAAUCAUCGGAAACAGCUGAGCCGGUUUCCAGUGUAUGUGAGGAAGAAAUUUCAGCCUGUCAUGCAAUAGCAGGGUAGUUAAUUUUGUAAUUACACGAAAGAGCUUAAUGAGCCAGACAUAAUGAAUACUAUUGACUGAUAUGCACUGUCAUAAUAUCACUUGAUUGUGAUUCAAUGUAUAAUUUGUUACCUGAUGUCCAGUCACAGUUUAUGGACUUCACAUUGACCUCAACAUCUGGAGCAUCCCCGGUAUUUCCUUUUAUAAAAUUAUGAAGGAUGAAUGCCAAACAUCUUUUGUUAUUGUAAGUUAAUGCAUUUAUCAUGUAAAGUAUAAUAUGUAUUUGUUUUUACUGCUUAAAUAGAUGUCUGCGGCCAACAGGUUGAUUAAAAAUGAUUCAUAGCCUAAUUAUUUCUU